ACCGUUUGUAGCUGCGUACGUGUGUUCCCCGCGGCCUUGUUCUGUUAAAACUGUCCUUGCAGUGCAGGGGAAGUGCAGAAAAGGAUAUUCUCGAGCUUUCUUCAAACUAUAUGCAGAGGCCUCUACUUUUGUUGUUACUCUUCUGGCUGAUUUCGAAUCUCUCUGCACAGCGCACGCUUUGUGAUUGUGACCCGUCUCAAGAGGAGUUUAUUUCUUUGGACUAUAAAAGCGGAAUAUUUUGUGUAGCAACAUGACCGAACCAGCCGUCGUCAUGACUGAGAAACCCCCCGUCUACCAGCCCCCGCAGGACCAGCAGCAAGUCACUGCCGGUCAGCCAGUCGGCGGACCGCCACCCCAGGGCUACCCCCAGCAACAGGGCAACCCGGCCCCUCAACAGGGGUAUCCACAACAAGGCUACCCCCCUCAACAGGGCUACCCACCUCAGCAAGGCUACCCUCCACAGCAGGGUUACCCUCCCCAACAGGUCGGGUAUCAGCCGCAGGCAGCCUACAACCAGCAGCAAGCCACUGUUGUCACGGCGUCUGCAGCCCCAGGCCAAGUAGGUAUCGUCCGCACGGCCGCUGGGGCACAGCCCAACGACUAUCUGGUUCUAGCGAUCAUCGUCACGCUCUUCUGCUGCCUACCGCUUGGACUGGUCGGCAUCGUCAAGUCCAUGGAUGUCCGGAACAAGUGGGCGGCCGGAGACGCGGCCGGGGCGGCGACGGCCUCGCAAGAAGCCAAGAAGUGGUCCAUGAUCGGCCUGUUUACUGGCAUCAUCAUCGAAGUCUUCACUGUCCUCUUUAUCAUCAUCUAUUACGUAGCCAUCGUGUCCACAGUGUACUCCUACCCAUACUAGAAACUAUUGGCUAUUCCACGAAAUAGAGGGCGGUAUUUGGUUUAGGUAAACAGUUUCACCCACAUAAAGAACCAGCCUGCCCCCCCCCCCCCGCCCCUUAAAAGGGGACUGGUAUAGCAAGCUCCCAUUUACAGCCAUGGGUCCUUGCUCUAUGGGAUAUUCAUGGUACUUGCUCUAUGAUUGGAUCACCUCUGCGUAAAAUGUAAAUCAAGCAUAUGUCACUUUGGCUUCAAACUCGGGUGAUUUUGGUCGGAAAACCCCAAACUUGUGGGUCUAUUUCGCCUAGAGGCGGGGGGGGGGUUCUGGGCCCAGGGACUGACAACCGUUUUAGGGUGGUUUUGGAAGAGGGAA